ACUUUGUUUUGCUGGUAAACUGCACGUUUUGUAGUCAUGUUCAGCAACACGCAUGUAGACACCUAAAGAAAUGAUGAGGAUUUUAAUAACGCCUGGAUUCGUGCCCAAAGCUAAAAAAAAACUCUACCAGUGACCGAAAUAUAGGCGGAAGUGAAAGUAAAACUAAAGUAUUUCCUAGUUCACGGAGACAGUGUUGGCGGUUUGAACAUGACAGCGCUGGUGUUUAAUAGCGUUUUACUGGAGAUUUCUAACCAGCUGUCAUCGCAGCAGCUGGAUGACCUGAAGUUUCUGUGCACAGACAUCAUCGGUAGAAAGCAUCUGGAGAAGACGACGAGCGGGCGAGACCUGUUCCGGCUUCUGACAGAGAGACAAAAACUAGGAGCCGGAGACACCGACUUUCUUUGCGACCUCCUGAAUAAGGUUCAUCGACCAGACCUCUCGGACAAAUUACGGAGUUGUGAAAGUCUGCCUGGAUCCAGUGAGCCGGACGAGACCGAGAAAGCCAAACUCAUCAUUGCCACUGAGGUGAUUGCAGAGAACUUGGCAAGGAAUUGGCGUAAACUGGGCCGCAAAUUGGGUCUAAGUGAAGUAAAGUUGGAGUCCAUAGACAGGCGGCACCCCUGCGAGCUGGACGAAAUAGCGGUGGACGUGCUGAAGGAAUGGAGGAAGAGUAAAGGAGCCGACGCACAAACGAAGCAGCUGAUAGACGCUCUGAGAGCCUGCAACCUCAACUGGACGGCCGAUAAAGUGGAGGAAAAAUUGAAAGAACAGGGAUAUUGAUGCAGACUUGCAGAUCCGAUAAGACUGAGAUUAAAUUAAAAUCGAAUCUUUAAUGUAAAGAAAUUACAGAGAAAUCAAUAAAAGCUGUGGAAAAGAAAACUGAAUACAUUUGUACAACAAAUGGCAAAAUCAAGCAGCAUGAAUGUUCUUUAUAUCAGAUGGUUAUUAAACAUUUAAACACUA